CUUUUUUUCUUGUUCUAUACUUCGUACUUCCAUAUCGUACCACUCACCCGGCCAUGCCCUUGCGGAUCACCUCUGCCCCUGUCGCUGGAAUCAAGAAGAACAAAAAGUCAAACUCUGUCAGGCCGCGCGUCUCACCUUUCGCCGCACAUCCGCGUCGCAAAGCCACGGCCUCGUCGACAGAUGCUCCCAAUCCCAACUUCACAGAUGAUUAUGAUCAAGGCUUCUUACCAGACUUGGGGCUGUCGCGGUACAUCUCAGAGACUGCCCCCGCGAUCGAUGUGAUGCAGGCGAUUCACUCCAUCCGGAAAACUAUGUUCGAGGAUGUCCCUCAGCGGGCAGGGAUGAGUAGCACCCGCAUUGCCGAAGUGCUGAAUCUCCGCCGGUCGAUCCCCCCGCUUGCCUCUGUGGCCCACGUACAUACGCUACUCGAUGCGCCGACCAAAGUCGAAAAAGAAAUCAUGGAGUUGAUCUCCAUGGGCCGCGUACGACGCUUGAUCGUGCCAGGAAGAGGCAGCGAUGCUGCGGGCCUGGGUGAUUGUCUGGUCCUCGCUGAAGAGUGGGAUCAGCUGGUGCAAGACAAUCCUAUUUUGGAGGACUCGUUGAAAGAGAAAUUCCGACGAGUCCUAAGUCGCAUCGGAAAUAACCCUGCCGUUCCUGGUAGCGUCUUCACGGUACCUGAAUAUAUGGCCUUGAUUCGCGCCGGGUUUCUUGUUUCCUCUUCGUCCUUAACCCAGGGCGCCUCGGGCGUCACGUCACUUCCUGCACUGCCGGCUAGCUCAGCUGUAGCUGCUGCGGCGAGCGACAAUGCCGUGACUGAGCAUAACACGUUCUUUCAAACCGCGACCCUUUUUCUUUCCUUACCGAACACGGGACCAUAUCUUCGUCUACUGGCUGCCAGCCGGUCCCACCUUCUUUCGCUUUUGAAUCGGUCGGGUGCGCGGGAGGUGCCAUUGUACCUUCUUCGCGACCGAUGGGACGGAGCCGUCGAGAAUGGUCAGAGCUUUAGCAUUGCUAAGAGAAUAAGGGGAGAGUUUGCGGGGAUUCUACCCGGUCGUACGAAAAAGUGGAAGCAAUUGUACGGGAUGAGCUUCCGUUGGGCUCUUGAGGAAGCCCUUGGAGCCGGGCUUAUUGAGCUUUUUGAUACGGGCAGUGUUGGCCCGGGAGUGCGCAGUCUUUAAUGGAGGACUGAUGACAUAUUUGAUUUUUGAUACCCUUUGAUGUUUAUACGGUGUACUACGAGUAGGUGAGAUGUCUCCUUAGCAUGAGACCUAUGACAAUAUAUUGAACCCGCGCG